GGCCGGCGGGCGGCGGGGGUGGCCCGGAUGUGGGCGCGCGCGCGCCUGUCGGUUAUUGUUUGAGUGAGAGGGAGAGGGCGGUCAGUCAGAGAGAGAGAGAGAGAGAACAGCGGAACAUGGCUGGCGGGAAAGCUGGGAAGGACUCGGGAAAGGCCAAGGCGAAAGCAGUUUCCCGUUCUCAGAGAGCAGGAUUACAGUUUCCUGUAGGUCGUAUUCAUAGGCAUUUGAAGACUCGUACCACUAGCCAUGGACGGGUGGGUGCUACAGCUGCAGUGUACAGUGCAGCUAUCCUUGAGUAUCUCACUGCUGAGGUGUUGGAGUUGGCAGGCAAUGCGUCAAAGGACCUGAAAGUAAAGCGCAUCACGCCACGUCACUUACAGUUGGCCAUCCGAGGUGAUGAGGAGCUGGAUUCGCUGAUCAAGGCAACCAUUGCUGGUGGGGGUGUGAUUCCUCACAUCCACAAGUCUCUGAUUGGGAAGAAGGGACAGCAAAAGACAGCAUAAAAGUCCAGUUUUGAAUCUACCCUCUUCCUCCCUACUGUCGUACUGUAAUUUGGACAGGAGAAACCUGGGGAUACUUGGCAUAUUUUUUUUAAAAAUAGUUAAAAUAAAAAUGGGAAGAGUUUUAGGAGAUGACUUUAGUGUUCGAUAUAAUCCGAAAGACCUGUUUGUAUGUCCUAUGGUUUAGAUAUAAAGCUGUAUGAAAAUAUAACUAGAACAUACAGCAAUUUGUCAACAAUUAGAUUACGCAAGUGUGUUUUAUACAAUAAAACCGUUCAUAAAACCA